AUGGCCGACGGACAGGUCACCAUCCGAACUCGGAAGUUCAUCACCAACCGCUUGCUCUCCCGCAAGCAGAUGGUUGUUGAUGUCCUCCACCCCAACAGCGCCAACGUCAGCAAAGAUGACUUGCGUGGCAAGCUCGCCGAAGUGUACAAGUCGAACAAGGACCAGAUCAACGUCUUCGGCAUGCGCACCCAGUACGGUGGCGGCAAGUCGACGGGCUUCGCCCUCAUCUACGACUCGGUCGAGGCCAUGAAGAAGUUCGAGCCCCACUACAGACUCGUGCGCGUCGGCCACGCCUCCAAGAUCGAGAAGGCCUCCCGACAGCAGCGCAAGCAGCGCAAGAACCGCUCCAAGGCCUUCAGAGGCACCGCCAAGACGAAGGGUGGCAAGAAGAAGAAGGAGGGCAAAUAG